AUGCUAAACAUGUAUUCUCAGCAACAGUAUUCGUCACCGACUGUAGUACAAACGAAACCGGCAAUACAAAAAUUAUUAGAUGAUAAUUCACAAUUGAUUAUUCGAAUUCUUGAUUUACAAGCGAAAGGAAAACAAACGGAAUCUUUGGAAUAUCAACGAACACUUUAUCAGAAUCUGAAUUAUUUGAUCCAAUUCGAUCCAACUACAUCUCACUAUCACAAUAAUCUGCCGUCACCAGAUAUGUACAGUCAAACGCAAUCAUCAAUAAUGAAUGGAAGUUCGAUGCAACAGAGCUCAUCUGAACAGACAACUGAGAGGAAUUUAAUUUUAGGUUAUCGACCGCAAACUACCAUUUCCUCGUCUUCCAAUGAAAACGUGAAUGCUUACAGCUCAUCACACUUAUCUACCAAACCGACAAUAUCUCAGCAACACAAUUAUGGGCAGUAUCCAGUGUAUCAACAACAAAACAUUAUAUCGUCAUCAAAACCGUCGGUAAAUGCUCAGCAAGGUUUAUACAGUACUUACAAUGAACGCCAACAAGGCUAUCAUCCACAACAGAAUUAUCUUAUGCAACAGCAAUGGCAAAGUACUUCACAUAUGCCUAUCCAACAGCAGACAUCCAACUAUCACCAAUGA